AUUUUUGUGAAUGGCCAAACAAAGCAAACUUUAAUUCUGUUCCAGACUCCUUUAGGAAAUGCGCGGAAGUAUAAGAACCUCGGAAAUGAAUAUUUUAAAAAGGAAAAAUAUGAUGAAGCUAUCAUUCAAUAUAAUAAAGCAAUUGACAUUUGUCCGAAAAUAAAGGCGAACGCGAAUGACCUCGCGAUUUAUUAUCAAAAUAGAGCGGCUGCGAAUGAACAAUUGAAAAAAUAUAAUGACGUAAAGGCAGAUUGUACAAAAGCCUUAGAAUUAAAUCCAAAGUAUAUGAAAGCUUUGCUACGUCGGGCACGUGCUUUAGAGCAAUUAGGAGACUUGGAAGCUGCUUUGGACGAUUUGACUACCGCGCGCAUUGACGAACACUUUUCUAAUCAAACUAUCAAUGCAAUGGCAGACGAGAUCUCGGAAAAGCUUGUAAAUCAAUAUGUCCAGGAAAAUUUGGAAAACAAAAAGUUUAUAAUGCCAAGUAAGGAGUUAAUCAAAAUGUUAAUGUUAUCUUUCCCUAAAGAUCCAGUAUUUUCUAAACUUCAACAUCCAGAAAAUAUUCCAGAAUUUUUCAAGAAACCAUUACAAGCGUUAAAAGACAAGAAGUACGAUGAUGUAAUACCGCUUUGCACGGAAAUUAUUCAAAGACCCGAAUUUGAUACAUUACCUUCAUCUAAACUAGAGGUGCUAUUGUUACGAGCUACAUUUUACAUAUUUUUGAAGAAACACGAUUCUGCAAUCCAAGAUUUGGAAAGAAUAUUGAAUAGCGGAAAUGUAUCCGAUGGCGUAAAGAUAAACGCCCUAAUAAAGAGAGGAACGUUAUAUGCACAUCAGAAGAAUGAUCUAGAAACGGCUUUCAAAGACUUUGAAUUAGCUAUUAAUAUAGAUCCAAGUUAUAGUGAGAUCUAUAUUUCAGAGGACUGUUUUUCACUUAUUGCACGUGUCAAAAAUAACAUAAAAUAUGAUAAAAAUACUAUUUUAUCAUUUCAGAUAUAUUGGAACAUUGGCAGAUUUGAUAAAUCUACGCACGAUUUUGACACGGCUAUUUUAUACAAUCCAAACUUUUGCACAGCAUAUUUGGGAAAAUAUUCUAAUUGGUAUUAUUUUAUAAAAAAUGUAUGUGGUUUCUUCAACACAGAUUGUACUGUUAAACUAGCCGACGAAACUGCGAAACAUAUUAAGAGAUGUUUCCAAUUCUGUCCAAAUAUUUCAGAACGAUCAUUGUGUUAUAGAUUUUAUACCGAGCUGUUGUUCGAAAGUCGGCAGUAUAAGUUGGCUGAUACUUUUGUUGUUAAAGCAAUAAAAGAAGAUCCAGAAAACGCCUGUAUGCAUGUGCGCAGAGCCAUACUGCAAUUACGGUGGAAGGAUGAUGUAGAUAAAGCUGCGGAAUAUCUAACCAAAGCGUUAGAAUUGGAUGAGAGAUGCGACGGCGCACAUGAAGUAUUAGGAAAUAUCGCAAAACGAAAGUAUGUUUCCAUUGAAUUUUUUCUAAUUAUACAUUUAUCUCUAAAUUUACGUGGGUUUUUUAAUGCGAUAUUUAUCAGUUUCAUUUUAUUGUAUUUUUAUGUAAAUAUAUAAGAUAAAUAUUUUUAUAUCAUAUACAGGCUUUUCUCUUACUCUUUUUAUUGACAGAUUUCAGUUACAACUAUAAUUACGCUU